AUGAUUCACUAUCUUUGUCUCCCUCUGCUGCUUGUGCUGCUGCAGCCAGCUCUGUCUCUCUACAACUGCUCGUCUGAGUACGAGAGGAACCCUGUCAAUUCGGACUUGACAGUUGAAUGUGGCACCAGUACAAUCACGCUGGAGAUCAACCUGUGCACGGCUCAGUGGGCAGGCUUCAACACCACAGACCUGGCUCUGAACGGGAAACACAACACUAUGGAGUGCCAGGGCUCUCUGGACACCAGUGUGGACCCUCCAAUCAUCCGUUACCAGCUUCCUGUUAACAACAGUCAGAAUAACCCCUGCCGCCAGUCUCUGCAGAUUGUGGAUGAGACCCCGGACCCCUCAGGUCCCUUUAGCAGCUUCUUAACUAUCCAGUCAGUUAUCAUCACCGGGUUCAUCGACUCACCCAGAUCUGAUCAGGGGUUGAUCAGCUACACAACAGACCUCUACUAUCACUUCUCCUGCCGCUACCCGCUGGAGUACCUGAUCAACAACACACAGAUUGUGGCCUCCUCAGUCUCCGUUGCGACCAGCGAUAAUAAUGGAACCUUCAUUGAUACACUUAAAAUGAGUGUUUUUAAUGACACUGACUUUAGCUACCCGAUAGUGGUACCUUCGACAGGCCUUGAGCUACGAACCAGGAUCUAUGUGGAGGUCAAGGCUGUUAACCUCACAGGAACUUUCUUUGUACUGCUCGAUCACUGCUUUGGCACUCCCACUCCUUACAACAUGUCGCAGACUGAGCAGCACAACUUCUUCACCGGCUGUUCAGUGGACCAAAGGACAUCUGUGACAAGCAAUGGCUUUUCCAAGGUUGCCCAUUUUGAUUUUGAAGCCUUCCGCUUUGUUCAGCACCGCAACCAGGAAAAGUCCAGCAUCUAUCUGCACUGCAUAAUGAGACUCUGUGAGCCCAGCAAAUGUCAAGAGCUGCUGUCUGCCUGUAAUGUCAGAAGAAAAAGAUCUGUGACUCCUUUUGGAAAAGAAAGUGGUGAAUCUGCCACAGUUUCAGUUGGACCUCUUUACACUGGCGGAGAAGACAGGCCAAAUGCAGCUGCCUACAGUAAUGACGCGGCAUCCGAGAGGGAUGAUGUGGACGUGACAGGCCUGGCGGUGGGCGUGGUGUUUGGCUCGGCUGCUGCUGCCUUGCUGGUUCUGGGUGGCUGGUUUGCCCUGAAGAAGUUUUAUUGGGCGGGAGGAUUACCUCAUGCCUUUAACUGAUAGAUUUACAUUGUCUUCUCCUUCUCA